UUUGGACAUCAUGGAAUCUAAAUUGGUUGACCCAGUAUUCAGGCAUUCGAAGGAAAUGUCAACCAGAGCACAUUGUCAAUAAGAACUACAAUUCCCAGACUUCAGUUCAAACCCUGUAUUUACUCGCGAGAGAGACUUGAAUUCAAAGGCGGGAGUCGGAUAAACACAAAAAAACUGCCAGGAUCAGACUCCGUCCGACAAGAAAUGGAUUCUGUUGACGAGGACUUGUCAGCUCGGAUCCUCCUGAAAAAUGUCCUUCAUGCAGAGCCGUCCAGGUCUCCCGUUACCCGCAGGUCGUCGAAGGCUCAGCCCCCGGUCUCCGGCCCACGACAUAGUGCCAGGCUGAGGAGGAGUGAAGCUGGAGCUCUGACUCCCCAGGAGGCCUUAAGACACAGUAUGAAGCAGAAGCUCCGUGAGAGCACUUCCAGUCUGUCGCUGCCUCCCAGUAAAAGGCGGACCGUGUCUACUGUGGUGAGGAAGGUAAACAUACCUACCCCAACUGCAGUCUCACUUCUGUACCACGACGAGGACAUUACACCAAGGCACCUUCUGAGGGGCAUUCUGCAAACUGAGCCAGAGACAUCACUGCUCAUACAGGACCGGCCUAUCAGGAAGGAGCUUGUACUUCCUUCAGCAGACUCCAGUCUUAACAGCAACCGUCCAAGUACUGGGCUGUCAGGACUGGACCUGCCUGAUUUGACCACGAUGGACGUGGGCAACCCUGUGAAAGCACUGAGUAGAAAGCGACCACGCCGGAGCCUUAACGUUACAGCGUUCGAGGGGCAUCUGGAGGAUGGUGGAGACCAGGAAGGUGCAAAAUCUGCAGAGGACCUCUCAGCUUUGUCUUCCACUUCUUUGAGCUCUGUCACCCUAAGUCUGAAAACUCCCUUUGUUGACAAACGUCCUGAGAUAAGGGGUCUUCAGAGGAAGGUGGAACAUUGUCAUAAAAUCGAUGUGGAGGAAUUUGAUGCAGCUGUUCAGAGUCGAGAGAGAGGUGGACAUCCAGAUUUGUCUGUUGGAUUGCAGUCUCACUGUGAGACUGUGGAGCAAGAAGGCUUCACCUUGCACCUGUCUGAUCUCAACGACCCUGACCUCACAAGUGAUAUAAUUGGCAGCACAGAGCUCUAUGCCCAACCUGCCACCAUGAGUGAGACCUUCACCAUCACACAGGAUAAAGACACUGUUACCGCUACUCAGAUGCAGAGAGACUUGGAGGGAGUGGAGGAUAAACAGGAGGGAGAGCUGGGGUCUAAGGAGAUGGAGCUAGAGGAAAGAACGGAAGGGAUGUCUGGAGAAACUGGGCAAAGAGGAGGCUCACUGAGACCAGAAAGAACUGCAUCACAAACAGAGGAAGUGGAUUUUGGACGCUUUCUGACAGGGGAAGAAAAUGCAGUAGGAUCUCAGACAGGAGUAGGAGGAGAAAGAGAAGCAGCAGGAAAAUCUCAGACAAGUGAAGAAAAAGACCCAGCCGAGUCUCAGACAGGAGAAGAAGAAGCAGCAAAGUCUCAGACAGGAGAAGAAGAAGCAGCAGAGUCUCCGACAGGAGAAGAAGAAGCAGCAAAGUCUCAGACAGGAGAAGAAGAAGCAGGAGAAUCUCAGACAGGAGAAGAAGAAGCAGGAGAGUCUCAGACAGGAGAAGAAGAAAAAGAAGCAGGAGAGUCUCAGACAGGAGAAGAAGAAGGAGGAGAGUCUCGAACAGGACUAGAAGCAGCAGAGUGCGACUGGGAGGACAGUGGGAAGCAGGUAUCAGAGCACUUCAGUCAAAGAGCGUUCCGCUCAGAAGGUGGGGCCAAGCUGCCUGUCAUGAUGGAAGGAGGGAGGGGCUAUAAGAGCAUGGGGGGGACUCUUCACCCAACAGAUCCAGGUGGUGCUGGACGGAGGGCUGAGGGAGACCUGCCUAAUGAGUUGCAGAGUGGGCCUGGUGCAUCAGAAAGUGAAGACCUCCACACAGCUACCCUGGGCAGUGUCUCUCCAUCACCGCACCACCUGGGAAACGAAGCAGAACAGGGGGGUUCCAGUGGAGCUGAGGACAGUCCUGGUCAUGUGGAAGAGAACUCCAUGCCUCCUCUCGAGAGGAUUGCAGAACCAGAGUACCACACCACCAACAGAGAUUCCUCUCCACUGCACCCCCAGAGCCAGGUGGAGGAGGAGGAAGAAGAAGAGGGAGAGGAUGGGAGUGAGAGUGAAGAGCUCUCUAUGAAAACUCCUGCGUUUGUCAGAGAGAGAAGGAAAGCUCCGUCCCUGGACACCCUAGCCACACCCACUGUCUUCAGAGAGAGUCAGCCGAGUGUGUCAGUGGGGGGGGUGAAGCCCAAGGCAGCAAGGAAGAAGCAGGCUGCCUCAACAAAAGACUCUGGGCUCCCUAAAAGCUACAUCAUGAGUGUGUUCAAACACUUUGCCAAGACCAAGGUUUCUGCUGAUGUUUACCCAGUGCUCAAAGAGAUAAUGGAGCGCUACUUUGACCGCCUCUCUGAUGACUUGGAGACAUUUGCUGCUCACGCCAAGAGGAAGACCAUCGAGGUGGAGGAUGUGGAGCUGCUGCUGCGCAGGCAAGGCUUUGUGACUGAAGGGACACCAGUGAAUGUUCUGAUAGAGAAAUACCUGCCAAUGGAAUAUCGCAAGCUCCUUAUCCCAGUGGCAACCAGUGGGAACCAGGUUAUUCCUAAACAAAAGAGAUGAAGAACUGUCUGAAGACUUAAGGACAUCAGCCUGCAUUAUAUAUCAGGCUGCUGUUGUUAACAAUGACCAUAUUAUUCUAGAGUUGUUUAUUUGUUUGUCUUUUAUAUCGGAACAGAUAUCAGAUAAUAAAACGUGUCUCAUUUUAUAUAA